UGACAAAAUGGAACCCACCAGCAGUGUGAGAAGACCUGAAAGUGGCACAUGGCAGAGUGUGGCGAUGGAGACAGCAGCAAUGGGAGGCCGUACAGGGACCCAUGACACACUCUGGACCUGGCAGCAGCAUGAGGAGGCGGUACAGGGGCCCAUGACAGAUUACGGGCCUGGCAGCAGCAUGAGGAGUCGACAGCAAUGGUAGGCCAAACAGCACCCUCAUUGGACAAAAUGGAAACCGACCAAGCAGUGUUGAGGUGAGACCUGAAAGUGGGCAACAUGGGCAGGAGCUGUGGCGAUGGAGGACAGCAGCACAAUGGGAGGGCCGUACAGGGACCCAUGGACACACUCUGGACCUGGGCACGCAGC